AUGCUGAUUUUUCUUGUUGUUGUGAUUCGACGACCAAACUGGCCUCAGAUGUUCAGUGGUGAGACGAUCACUCUGACCUGUGAGGUCCAGGGAGGAGAAACCACUGAGUGGACGUGUGACUGGAGGAUAGACGGGUCGUUCAUACACAGGACAGACAGUAAAGACUGGACUUUCAGUGUUUCUGAGUCCAACAGAGGAGACUACAGGUGCCUGUGUUUUCCAAAGGAUGACUGGUUUUCCUCGACAGAGUGGAGUGAACCCAUUUCACUGUCAGUAUUACGGAAACCAAAGGCCCAUCUGAGUACGGACAGCAUAGAGCUACCAGCAGGAGGCAACGUGAUAUUAACCUGCUCACUAAACACAUCGCCAUCAUCACUGGUUAGUUUGAAAUAUUUCUGGUACAGAGGAGAAAAAUCAUCAGAGCCUGUGAGCUCAGAAGAUGCUGAUUUCCUUUCAAAUGGACAAAUGAGCGUCUCAGAGGAAGGACUGUACUGGUGCAGAGGAGGAAGAGGAGAACCAGUUUACUACACAGACUACAGUGAUCACGUCAAUAUCACUAAGAAUUUAUCCGUUGGGUCCAGCGGUCCAGUCGGCUCUUUGUUGUUCGUGCUGCUGGUUGUCGCUCUCCUUGGUGGAAUCAGUCUAAUUAUCCUGCUGCUGUUGUUUUGGCGCAGCAAACAAAAAAAAGAUAAAUCCAAUACUGUGUACUCCCUGGCUGGAUUCAAAAACUCUGGGACAAAGAGGAGUCCUGAUCCACUAGAGGGCGCUCUAUGGUCAUAUGUGAAAACACAAGCAAUAGAACUUCCUGUUGGUCCAGAAGUGGACACUGUUUACGCUAAAGUGAAAAAAGGAGCUACAGAACUUCCUGUUGGUCCAGAAGUGGACACUGUUUACGCUAAAGUGAAAAAAGGAGCUACAGAUAAAUUCAUAAACACUGUGUACUCCCAGAUUGAAGGGAAAAAUGCUGGGAGGAUGAAACUUCCUGUUGACCCAGAAGAGGGCGCUGUUUAUGCUAAUGUGAAAAAAGGAGCUACAGAUAAAUCCAUAGAUACUGUGUACUCCCUGAUUGAAAUGAAAACCUUUGGGACGAUGAAGGAUCCACAUGAUCCACAAGAGGGCGCUGUUGGCUCUGACGUGAAAACAGAGAAAAAAAGAGAAGAAACCACAGUGACAAACAACAUACAGUAUAUAAAUACACCAAUGAGCCUGAAAAGCACACAUACAUUUUCACAAGAAGCAUUCAGUGGUGCAAACCUGAUUGUUGAUCCCAACUGGUCGACUUUUCAUCCUGGAGAGAGCGUGACGUUCAUUUGUGACAUCAGUGAAGGAGAAGAGACCAACUGGCAAUAUGAGCUUAGAAGAAAUGGAAAACAAUUUAUUCAAUUCAACCCGCACAAAAGCUACACAUUACAACGUAUCCAAAUCGAUCACAGUGGUGAAUACCAGUGCUGUGGACUCAGGAAGAGCUCCAAAGAUACCGACUGCAGUGAUACUGUCUCUUUAACUGUUACUGCUCAACCCAAAGCCAAACUGACUGCAGGUCCCACAACCAUACCAGUAGGGGGCAGUGUGACACUGAGAUGCUCAGUGGAGCCCUCUACUGGAUGGAAAUACAGAUGGUUCAGAAGGACCCAAAACACACCUGAAGUUGAACACACUGAAGAAGGAAACAGAGAUAUUAAUGUAACACAGGGAGGAAUAUACCGAUGUAUUGGAAAGAGAGGAAAUGGAGACUAUCCCAGUGUUAUAAGUGAUGAAGUGAGCUUCAAUAUAACCUUUUCCAACAAGGUUGUUGUGACUCGACGUGAGUUGAUCACUCUGACAUGUGAGGUCCAGGGAGGAGAAACCACUGAGUGGACGUGUGACUGGAAGAAAUCUGACAAACCUGUAAAAGUGGGAAAUGAUAAUCACCUGACUGUCAGUGUUAAUGAGUUCAGCAGUGGAAACUAUAUGUGUCGGUGUAGACGCAGAGACGACUGGUAUUCUGUGACAAAGUGGAGUGAAAAGAUCCCAGUGUCUGUGUCAGUGUCCAGUCCAGUCAGCUCUUCGUUUCUUGUGCUCUUAAUUGUUGGAUCGAUUAGUGGAAUCGUUCUCCUCGUCCUCCUGCUCUUGUUGUGGCGAUACAAACGGUCCAAUGAUUUAUGCUGCGUCCGCAGCCAGAGCUCUGCCACCAAUCAUGGAGUGGAUCAGACCGAAGGUCACCUUUACAGCUCUCUGCUGCAUGGCACCACCUCCCUGUAUGAAACAGUUCAUCCACGUGGAGCCACUGGAAAUGAGAGGCGUCAUCAUCCAGAGGAAGGUUCUGUUUACGUUAAUGUGAGACCAGGACAUGAAAGACGCCAGUGAAGGUGAGAACUAGCGACCCGAACAACAAAACGCAGGAAAUUGGAGUCCAGCAGCAACAGAUGCUCCACGCUAUUUUACAGUCAGAAACAAAUAAUUCUGCUGCCAUGUUUUGAUUAUAUGUUGUGAUGAUUGUUGUAUUUCUGCAGCUUUAAGAUGCCAAAGACGAUCUAAUUAUGCUAUAUCUCUUCAAGAAUCAGAUUUUUGCUUUUUUUUUCAUAAAUUGAAAUGUUGUAAGAUUCUUGAGAAAUAAAAUUAAAGAUGAAAUUUACAAACUCCCUUCUUACCUACACAGCUGGAUUUGUAGCUUUUACAGUUAUGCUAUGUUUGUAAUAAA